GCUCUCGGCUGGGGGGGCCGCGCCCCGCUUUCCAACGGCCCGACACCGCCCCCAGCACCGCCACGACCCUGUGCUCUCCUAUGGAAAGGAUGAAGACCAGCUUCACAGAGGGCAAGUGCGAUGAAGAACAGGGGGGAGCCUCGCUACACAACAGCUCCAGCCAAUUGCUGACACAGGACCCUCGAGCCCAGGCCAGGAUCUGGUCUCCAUUCACCGGGGCAUUCGCUGCCAUUCUGUGCGUCAGCCUGGUCGCGGUUGUGGUUGUGGCAGUGGUCGCCUUCAAACUUCUCUUCUCUCCUGCGGACCCACCUGCUCCCACAUGCCCGGAGGACUGGAUUCACUUCGGAGGGAAAUGUUACCUCUUCUCAAAGGCUGAAGGGGACUGGGCCACCGGCCAGAAAAACUGCUCGUCCCUCGGUGCCUCCCUGGUUGGGAUUCACACCCAGGCAGAUCUGGAGUUCCUGAUGCAAAAUAAAAGCUCCUCCUCCUACUGGAUCGGCCUCCGGAAAGAACCGGGCCAGCCCUGGAAGUGGGUGGAUGGCACAGCGUUCAACAGCAGCCUGUUUCAGGUGGGUGAAGAUGGACGAUGUGCAUCUCACUGUCAGGAAUAUGACUCAAAUUUGGACCCUGAGUCCCACCUGAGCCCUGGUACCUCCCUGGACUUUGCUACCGGGCAGUGA